AUGACUGCGUCUCUUGAUUCGACGUUGCAAUCGCUUCAGCAAUCCCUCAGUCAUGGAGACUCAGGCCAAGCGAAGUCACAGAUACAAAAAGCUAAGCUGGCUCUUCUGCAACACAACGCCCUCAUACCCUCCCAACAAACACCUGUAGCCACGCUAGCGACAGCACGAUCGAUACUGGAGGCUGGCGCUCUUUUUUCCAUACGGUCUAGAGACCCGGAGUCUUUCGUGCGAUACUACUCCCAGCUACAAUCAUUCUAUGACUUUCCGGGUCUGCAGCGGACGCCAUCUCAGAACCGAUCCAAGAUCACAGGUCUUUACCUGCUACUCCUCCUGAGCCAGGGUGAUUAUGCUGGCUUUCACACACUGCUGGAGACUUUGAUCGUGGCAGAAGGAUCAAACGACGUCUCGUCCGUGGAAGAAGACCAAUACAUAAGAUACCCGAUCGAGCUGGAGAGAAGUCUUAUGGAGGGAAGCUAUGAUCAAGUAUGGAGAAAGACAAACGGUCGGGACGUCCCAGGCGAGGAAUUUGCCUUGUUCUCUGAUAUUCUGAUCAAGACGAUCCGAAACGAAAUUGCCUCCUGCGCUGCUCGCUCGUACCCUUCUCUCCCCAUUGCUUCGGCCAAGAAUCUCCUCUUUCUCGACUCUGAGGGCGCAGUUAUGGAUUUUGCCCACGAACAAGGCUGGAGUCUUGAGGACGGUCGGAUCCAGUUCCCGGGCUUGGAGGAUGCGAAGAACGCGGAGGAAGGCGACCAGAAAGAAGUGAUCCACCAUAUGGUUGGAUAUGCAAGAGAACUGGAGAUGAUUGUGUAG